CUCCUCCCUCCGUCGCACAGACAUCGCCCAGUAUCCCGCCCAAACGGCCAACCCUGUUCCCGGCGAGGCUCUAAUAGGCACGAAGGCAGAAAGCGAAGUCAUCUCACGCGGAAACUGUCCACUCAGCGAGCGAUAGCCCUUCGGUCAAUAUGUCACACGCUGGCUCCUACGACUCUUCUCACUCUCAUUCUGUCAUGACCGAGGACGAAGAGGAUUGGGAGGACUACGUCAAGGGCGGGUACCACCCCGUACACAUCGGCGACACCUUCUCCGACGGCAGAUAUCUCGUCGUCCGCAAGCUUGGCUGGGGCCAUUUUUCAACAGUAUGGUUGGCGAAGGACACCAAGCUGAACAGGCACGUGGCACUCAAGGUUGUCAAGUCUGCUCCACGCUACACCGAGACUGCACUCGACGAGAUAAAGCUCCUUCAGCGAUUGAUCACCUCCUCAACCCCACCUGUGCAAGCCACCUCCGAGAACCCAAACCCCCCUCCAUCACCGUCUCAAACGCAUCCCGGUCGAUCACAUGUCAUCUCCUUCCUCGACCAUUUCCGACACAAAGGCCCAAACGGCACGCACGUCUGCAUGGUGUUCGAGGUACUCGGCGAGAACCUGCUUGGUCUGAUCAAGCGCCAUCAGAACAAGGGCGUCCCCAUGCACUUGGUCAGGCAGAUCGCGAAGCAGAUCCUCCUAGGCCUCGAUUACAUGCAUCGUUGUUGUGGUGUCAUUCACACAGAUCUCAAGCCCGAGAACGUCCUGAUCUGCAUUGAAGACGUCGAAUCUGUCAUUCAGGCAGAGCUGCAGGCGCAGUCGGCCUCCCAAACCCCACCACCGACGCGCCUAGUCGGUGUUCCCCCUUCACGCGGGCGGGGCGGUAACCAGACGCCCCGCUCUGAAUCCGUCUUCAUCACCGGCUCCCAGCCGCUCCCCUCUCCGUCCUCCUCCUUCGGUUCCACCUCUCACCUCGACCGGUGGGCGUUCGGGAUGAGCAAAAUUGAAGAUGGCGAUGGAGCGAGCGGCCCGGGGAGCGUCGGGAGCUCGAACAAGGUCAAGGCGCACAGCGACGAGCAGGAACCGAGCGACAGGGAGAAGCAGCGCGCAGACUCUGCAGAGGAUACAGCGGAGCGGAUACAGAACGUCACGCUAGACGGGUCACCUUUUGGAGAGAAGACGCGUCCAGAUCCCAAGGCGAAGCUGGCGGGGCCAUCGUUGCUCUCUCAGCAGGCCCCCGCCGUUGCGGGCGCAAGCUCUUCUCAGCCGCACGUGCAGGCUACGUCGGCCCCGCCGGCGUACGCUUCAAGUACUACUGACGAGCCGAUGGACGCUGCGGAUCCGCCGCUGUCGACGAGCGCUAUGUCUGUAGAUGGAAUCGGAGGACCUGUAUACGAGGGUCCAGAGAAGAUCACGGUCAAGAUCGCGGACCUGGGUAAUGCAACGUGGGUGGAGCACCACUUCACGGACGAUAUCCAGACGCGGCAGUACCGUUGUCCAGAGGUUAUACUCGGCGCGAAGUGGGGGCCAAGCGCGGACAUCUGGAGCGUGGCCUGCAUUAUCUUCGAACUCAUAACGGGGGGCGACUACUUAUUUGAUCCAGCGUCUGGCUCGCGAUACAGCAAGGACGACGACCAUAUCGCGCAAAUCAUCGAGCUCAUGGGCGAGUUCCCGAAGAGCCUCGCGUUCUCGGGCAAGUACAGCUCCGACUUUUUCAACCGGAGAGGUGAAUUGCGACAUAUUCAGAAGUUGCGAUUCUGGCCGUUAGACGCCGUGCUGCACGACAAGUACCUCCUCCCGAAAGAGGAGGCGGACAUGAUCGCGUCGUUCCUCACCCCGAUGCUUCGCCUCAACCCUGACAAGCGUGCGAAGGCGUCCGAGCUCAUCCACCACGCCUGGCUCGACGGUAUCGUCGUACAGGGUGAGAUCGACGUCAUUCGUCGCGCAGAGGAAGAAGAGGCACGGCGGAGAAGACAAGCCCAACAGGUGGCAGCAGAUUCCCAAGCCGAAGCCGCGCUCGCCCAGACCGCGACACAGGGCGGAAAGGAGAACGUGCAGGUCCCAUCGCCGGACGUGGACGCGAUGAAGCCGGUGGACGACAUCGUCGGAAUGGAAGAUGCGGAGAGCGUGGCCGCAGUGCCGACGCUCGUUGCACCGACCCCUGGGAACAAACCGGGUCACGCGCACUCGGCGAGCAAGAGCGACGUGCCGACGCUUCAGACAGUUAUUCCACACGGCAAAGGACGGGCAUAGUACGUGCGAACGUGCGUGCCUGGUCGGUCGUCGGUGCUUAUCCGGCCCGUGCUUGUUGGGAGGUGGCACGGACUCCGUGAGUGUCGUGCGGUGUAUGCGAGGACGGGUGCGAGUAAUGGCCUUCGUGUGUGUAGGAUUCGGUGAUGCUGUGAUAUUGUAGACUUCAUCUGGUUGCUGCUUGUAGAAUUGUGCGCAUGCGCGCUUGUACUAGCUGUGCGCGUUCAUCUUGCUGUAUCGUUGGUGCUGCUGUGACUCGUACUAUAUACAAUCCUG